UAGGUGUUUCCAUUCGGGUUGAAAAUUCAUUCCGCUGGAGCCGAAGCGAGCUUACCGAGUUUCCAGGAUGAGGGCGGAAUUGCUUCUCUGGGUUUUCGUAGUCCUGGCCCUGUCGAUGCCUGCGAGGGCCGAUAUUCGCCGAGAGUGUAGGAAGCAAUCCGGCGUUUCUUGGGCUGCCCUGAAGAAACUCAAAGCCGGCGACUUGGAAGUAACCGACGCGAAGCUCAAGUGCUACGUCAAGUGCUUCAUGCAGAAAAAUGGAUUGGUGAGCGAGACUGGCGACGUCGACGUCGAGAAGGCGGUCAAACACUUCCCGGAGAACCUGCAAAAGGACGCCAGGAACGUCCUAAGACGCUGCGUCGAUCGUCCCAACACGCAUUUUAAUUUUCAGAGAGCACCGAGCCCUGCGAGAAGGCCUUCCAGGUGGCGAAGUGUUACAUGACAGCUCAUCCCGAAGUACGAGAAUUAAGGUCUUGAAGCACGUGUCCUUCGUGUAAGCCCGCCGUUAAUAAAGCCGGAAAAGCCUCGUCAUUUGUGGGGAUCGAUCGAUCGAAAAAUCGGCCUCGUCCUUCGACGUGGUCGCGUAUUAACACGUGGACACGUGGGCACGUAUCGUGUACACGGGUGUGCGUGUAUCCACAUGUGGAGGCAGAGCAAGAGGAGCCACGGUGCGCUUCGCGGACCGUGAACCUCGCGCUUGGCUCGUCCUCUCGUACAAAGGGGAGAUAUUUCACUUACAGCAUCUUCGACAUGGCGCCAUACUCUAUGUCGGGGACACUUCGACAAGAGAAACCUGAUUCUCCCUGCCGAUCCUCCGAGCGUCCCGGCGCCCGAAAUCGCUCCUGGCGAGUGUCAAGACGUGGCCACGAGG